UCCGUGGUGUGUAGAAAGAAAAAGAGCAUUUAUCAGGCUUAUCCAAUACCAAAGGACUAAUGUUUUAGAGAGUUGCAAGGUAAUGGCUCUCCUCAGCUUUAAUACGUUUCCAUGUCUAUCUACUUCCCCAGUUUCUUCUUGCGCAGCAUCCUUGCCCAUCGCUGUUUCACCAAUUUCCAGGAUGCGGCUAAAAGCAGUUGAUCAUCCUCCCUCGAAAUGUCUAAUUCGUACACAGUUUCUCCCCAACAAGAAAAGAUUUGUGAUGACUGUAAAAGCAUCUGCUGCAAGUACCGGUGGCGAGCCUCGGCCUCCCUCGGAAAGCAAGAAGGAAGCUUUGCCAGUGGAACAGCUGCCGUUAGAGUCAGAGUCCAAGGCGCAGCAGAUGAUGGAGCAGAAGAUGAGGAUGAAGCUGGCCAAGAAAAUAAGGCUUCGUAGAAAGCGGCUUCUUCGCAAGAGGAAGAUGAGGAAGAAGGGGCGAUGGCCACCUUCUAAGAUGAAAAAAUUAAAGAAUGUAUGACCUUAGCUUGCUUUUGUGCUCACCCUUUUGCUUUCUCUUUUCAACUUCUUCGUUUUUAUUAGUAGAUCAUGUUUCUUCUUUUGAUGGCCUCGGUGAAUGUGCUGAUAUUCAAUUUCUUCGGAAAUUAAAAGAUACAUGGUCUAAGACUCCA